AUGCUUUUUUUUCUACUUAGGACGAAGAAAAAACUAUCUUGGACAAUUUUAGAAUCUAUCUAUCUGUCUAUCUACCCUUCUAUUUAUCUAUUCUUAACACAAUUUUUUCUCUCAUGUAUCUAUCUAUUUUUUUAUCUAUUUACUCUUUACGCAUAUUUUCUCAUAUCUAUCUGUGUAUCCAUCUGCGUAUCUAUAUAUCAAUCUAUACAUAAAUAUUGUCCAUUUUUCUAUCCAUCUACUCUUAUUUUUCUCAUAUCUAUUUCCCCUUUACACAUAUUUUCUCAUAACAAUCUAUGUCUCUCUAUCUGUCUACAAUGUACACGUAUUUUCUUAUAUCUAUCUAUCUAUCUAUCUAUCUAUAUUCACUUGUUGGCUAUCUAUCUAUCUAUCUAUCUAUCUAUCUACUCUUUACACAUAUUUAUCUCUCAUCUAUCAAUUUAUCUUCACACAAAUUUCUCAUGCCUAUCUAUAUUUUUCUUUAUCUACUCUUUAGACAUAUGUUUUUAUAUCUAUCUAUCUACUCUUCACACAUAUUUCCUCAUUUCUAUCUACUUUCUCUAUAUCUAUUCUCUCUCUCUCAAUCUUUACACAAGUAUAUAUAUAUAUAUAUAUAUAUAUAUUUUUGUCAUAUCUAUCUAUCUACUAUUUACAAAUAUUUUUCUUGCAUCUACCUAUCCUCACACCUAUUUUCUCAUGUCUAUCUAUAUUUCUAUGUAUCUACUAUUUACCCAUAUUUUUCUCAUAUCUAUCUAUCUAUCUAUCUAUCUACUUUUCACACAUAUUUUUUUCUGUCUAUCUAUCUAUCUGUCAACGUAUUAUCUAGAAAUGUUGUUCAUGGGUGUCGCAGGGAAAUUGGAUAUUGCCCUGAAAAAAAAUGCAAAGAAUUUGGAAAUGAUUAAAAGGUUUCCUAAAAUGAGAGUUUGCUUUUUUCGUCUCUGUAUAAUUAAGAGUUUCAUUUAA